AUGACAGAAGCAAAGAGACUGAGAAUGGAUCCGGGUCCAUUGAUUGGCACCCACAAUGGUCACUUCCACGCCGAUGAGGCCCUCGCCGUUCACCUUCUCCGCAUGCUCCCCACCUACAAUCCAUCAGCCCUCAUCCGCACCCGUGACCCAGCCCUUCUCUCCACCUGUCACACUGUCGUCGAUGUUGGUGGCGAAUAUCACCCUGCUCAAAAUCGCUAUGACCAUCACCAACGUACCUUCACUACCACAUUUCCCUCGCGCCCAACCAAGUUGUCUUCCGCCGGCUUGGUCUACAUGCACUUCGGAAAGCCGAUAAUAGCUUUACAAACGGGUUUGGAUGAAGGUAGCGAAGAGGUAGAUAUUCUGUGGAAAAAGGUCUACGAAGACUUCAUCGAAGCACUGGACGCGCACGACAAUGGCAUCUCAGUCUACGAUCCCUCCGAGACAAAAACCCUUCAAAAACGAUUCUAUGAUGGGGGCAUAGGCUUGGGCAGCUUGGUUGGAGAUCUAAAUGCCAACUUCGAAGAUCCUUCCCCCACCAUAAAGCCGGAGGAGGCGCAAGAAUUUGAAGAUGCCCGGUUCCUGCAAGCGAGCUCCCUAAUGGGAUCGAGUUUCUUACGAAAAUUGCAAUACUAUCACCGUGCUUGGCUGCCCGCACGCACGCUCGUGCGUCAGACAUAUGUCGCUCGCAAAGACUACGAUGCGAAAGGGAGAGUAAUGCUAUUCCCUCGAGGUUGUCCUUGGAAAGAUCAUUUGUACACACUCGAAGCGGAAAAGCCGGGUGAAGAGAAAGUGCUGUAUGUUGUAUAUCCCGAAAGUGAGCAUGAAGGUGCAAAGUGGCGUGUGCAGGCCGUAAGUGUGAGCAAAGAUAGCUUCGAGAGCAGGAAGCCGUUACCAGAUAAUUGGAGAGGGGUGAGGGAUGAUCAAUUGAGCGAGGUCAGCGGGAUCGAAGGUUGUAUCUUCGCUCACGCAAGCGGCUUCAUUGGGGGCAACAAAACGAGAGAAGGGGCGCUGGAGAUGGCAGAGAAAGCUAUUGAGCUGUGA